CCUUCCCAUUACCAUCACCUCCUCCCCUCGACAUCCUCCCUGACAUCCCUCUUUCGGUCACCGGAGUACCUGUAUCUGUCUGUGUGAGCUUAAUAACUUGUACUCAAAUGGCGGAAACCGGUGGUGGCAUCACCGUCGCCCAUAGAAUUAAGGGAUGGUUCCCGGAAAGGACUCAACUGCACUUGGCCAUGCUGGCUUUGCAAUUUGGUUAUGCCGGUUUUCAUGUCGUUUCAAGAGCUGCCCUUAAUAUGGGCAUCUCGAAGAUCGUCUUUCCAGUCUAUCGAAACCUCCUCGCUUUCUUCCUCCUCCUCCCCUUCGCUUAUUUCCUCGAAAAGAAGGAGCGACCUCCGAUUAACUUUAACUUUCUUGUCCAGUUCUUCCUUCUCGCGAUCGUUGGGAUUACAGCGAACCAAGCUUUCUACUUGUUGGGUUUAGACAACACUUCUCCGACGUUCGCCUCCGCCAUUCAAAACUCCGUUCCCGCCAUCACAUUCCUCAUGGCAGUGAUUCUCCGGAUCGAAAAGGUGAGACUGGACAGAAAAGACGGGAUCUCCAAAGUAGCCGGAACUGUAUUCUGCAUAGCCGGAGCAUCGGUGAUCACUCUCUUCAAGGGUCCAACAAUAUACAGCCCAUCGCCGACACUACACAGUGUUAAGGAAGCUUCGCCGGUGUUGCAAUCACUCGGAGACGCAAACGGAAAAAGCUGGAGCCUUGGGUGCGUAUUUCUAAUAGGCCAUUGCUUAUCAUGGUCGGCGUGGCUGGUGUUACAAGCUCCGAUCUUAAAGAAGUACCCAGCUCGAUUGUCCUUCACAUCGUACCAAUGUUUCUUUGGAGUCCUACAGUUUCUUGUCUUAGCCGCCUUCAUGGAAAGGGACAUCAAUGCUUGGUAUAUUCGCACUGGUGCUGAGCUAUUUAGCGUGUUUUAUGCUGGUGUGGUGGCAUCUGGGAUCGCAUUUGCUGUACAGAUAUGGUGCAUAGACAGAGGUGGCCCGGUUUUCGUGGCCUUGUACCAACCGGUUCAGACCCUCGUGGUUGCUCUCAUGGCUUCAGUCGCUUUAGGGGAAGAAUUUUAUUUGGGAGGGAUAAUUGGGGCCGUGUUGAUCAUAACUGGAUUGUAUCUUGUGUUAUGGGGAAAGAAUGAAGAGAGGAAGUUUAUGUUACAAAAGCAACCGGGUAUGGUCCAAGCCGAAACGGAUCAUGGUGCACCGAGGACAACGGGUCAUGUCAAGUCAUCCAUCACCCAACCUUUACUCCCUCAGUCGACUGAAAACGUUUGAUUAGUAUUAAUUAACCUUACGUUUAUUUUUGUAACUAGUGUGUAUUAUUGCUGGGACUUCAAAUCAAAACUAAAGAAGUUACUAGGCAUCUAUUAAUUAUGUGAGAAAAAAAAAAGUUUGGUGUGUUUUAUGAACCUUUUGUUUGGGUGUUCCCGUUUUUAGUGUUGGAAUGAUUAAAUUUAAGGUUACUUA